AGGCUUUUCGGAAACAGUGGAAGAGAGCAAUGAAAUGGGCUACGGCUUCAGGAGAAACAGAACCAACGACGGUUCUUUUGGGAUCCAGGUAUUCGGCAAUUUGAGUGCCAUUGUGGAGUUUAUUGAUUGCGAAUUUAGCUUCUUUCCAUGGGGCGCGUAUCGGAGCUGGAGUUCUCUUUGCCUGAAAAUCUCCUGCAACCAUUGUUCAGGACUUCGAAAUCUUCUAACCUCAAGGAGGCUUUAGAAAUUCUUGUUGAAACUUCUAGAAUUGAUGAAGGCCGUGCUGAUCUUGCUUCUAAAGAUAUUCUUCCUACUGUUCUUCAGCUUACCCAGUCCAUACCUUACCCUUCUGGACAUCAAUGCCUCAUGCUCGCUUUAAAACUCCUCCGGAACCUUUGUGCUGGAGAAAUAGCUAAUCAGACACUUUUUAUCGCAUUGAAUGGACCUGGGAUAAUUUCAAUUGUAUUGAGGCCUGCAGUUCUUGCUUCUGACCCAGAUCAUGGGAUUAUCCGUAUGGGAUUGCAGGUUUUGGCAAAUGUCUCUUUGGCUGGAGAAGAACAUCAGCAAUCUAUUUGGCGUUGCUUUUUCCCUCGUGAAUUUGUUGCUCUUGCAAAAUUCUCAAGUCGUGACAUUCUUGAUCCUCUCUGUAUGAUUAUUUAUACUUGUUGUGAUGGAAACCCUAGUUUGUUUGCAGAGCUCUCUGGAGACCAAGGGUUGCCCAUUAUGGCUGAAGUUGUGAGGACUGCAUCCGCAGUUGGUUUUGGAGAAGAUUGGUUGAAGCUGCUUCUAUCAAGGAUAUGCUUGGAGGAGGUUCACUUUCCACAACUGUUCUCUCGAUUUUAUAGUGUUGAAGAGUCUGAAAACAGUGAAGAUAUUAAUUCAAGCGACGGCCAUUUCUCGAGGGAACAGGCUUAUCUUCUAAGCAUUGUAUCAGAGAUAUUGAAUGAACGCCUCAGGGAGAUAACUGUUGCAAUUGAUUUUGGAUUGUAUAUAUUUGGAAUAUUUAAAAGGUCGCUUGGGGUCAUUGACUUUGGCUCGAAAGCCAAUUCUGGCCUUCCUACAGGUUCUGCUGCAACUGAUGUUCUUGGAUACUCACUCACCAUUUUAAGAGACAUAUGUGCUCAGCAUUGUAAGAGCAGUCUUAAUGAAGAUCUAAUGGAUGUCGUUGAUAAACUAUUGUCAGAUGGAUUUCUUGAAUUGCUUCUAUCAGUCCUUCGAGACCUCGAGCCCCCAACAAUUAUCAAGAAAGCCAUGAAAUUGAACGGGAGCCAAGCCGCAGAUCCUUCACACUCAUUCAGAUCUUGCCCUUACAUAGGAUUUCGGAGAGACAUUGUUGCAGUAAUUGGCAAUUGUGCAUUUCAGAGGAGGAGUGUGCAAGAUUAUAUUAGGGAGAAGAAAUCCAUUCUUCUAAUGUUACAACAGUGUGUCACUGAUGAAGAUAACCCAUUUUUAAGGGAAUGGGGCAUUUGGUCUGUGAGGAACUUAUUGGAAGGGAAUGCAGAUAAUCAGCAGGCAGUAGCUGAAUUGGAGCUUCAAGGAUCUGUUGAUGUGCCCGAACUUGCUGGACUUGGUUUAAGAGUGGAGGUGGAUCCAAAAACUGGACGUGCAAGGCUAGUAAAUGUGUCCUAAGAGGCAACAUUGUGCUCCUCUUAUGAGUGGAAAUGGGCAUAUGCUUCCAUUUGAACCGUGGUAUAUCCCCUUUUUGGUCAGUAUCUACAGGGAUCCCUUAACAUAGGCAUUUGAUCUUCUUUGGGGCGUUACCUUUCAUCUUUGUGCCGAUCAGAUUUGAUCAAGCUUGAAAUUUGAAUCAUUUGCAACGAAUGAUGAAUAACGUGUAAAGAACUUUGAUGUUGUAAGGCGGAACUUUGUUUGAAACUGUGAUAUAGUAUUUGUUACUGAUGCUCUCUUUUGGUAU